AUGGCCCCCGCCAACACCCUCCCUGCCUGGUCCGAGCUCCAGUCGCACCGCGAUGGCGUGAGCAAGAACUUUGUCCUCAAAGAGGCCUUUUCUUCCGACCCCGACCGCUUCAACCGCUUCACGCGAACCUUUGCCCCCGGAAAGGAUGUCUCGGCCGAUAUCCUGUUCGACUUCUCCAAGAACUUUAUCAGCGACGAGACCCUCGACCUCCUCGUCAAGCUUGCCGACCAAGCCGGCGUUGAGCGCAAGCGUGAUGCCCUCUUCCGUGGCGACAAGAUCAACUUUACAGAGAACCGCGCCGUUUUCCACCCCGCCCUGCGCAACACUGGCGGGUGGGAGAUGAAGGUGGAUGGCCAGGAUGUCAUGAACUGCCCCGAUGGCGUCAAUGAUGUCCUCCAGCACAUGAAGGAGUUCUCCGAGCAGGUCCGCAGCGGCGAGUGGAAAGGAUACACCGGCAAGAAGCUGACGACCAUUGUCAACAUUGGUAUCGGUGGCUCUGACCUGGGUCCUGUCAUGGUCACCGAGGCCCUCAAAUACUACGGUGCCAGGGACAUGACUCUGCACUUUGUCUCCAACAUUGACGGCACCCACAUGGCCGAGGCUCUCGCUGCCUCUGACCCAGAGACCACCCUUUUCCUCGUUGCCUCCAAGACCUUCACCACCGCCGAGACCACUACCAACGCCAACACAGCCAAGACAUGGUUCCUCGAGAAGACGGAUGGCAAGGGCGAUAUCACCAAGCACUUUGUUGCUCUGUCUACGAACGAGUCCGAGGUCACCAAGUUUGGCAUUGACGCCAAGAACAUGUUUGGCUUUGAGAGCUGGGUUGGCGGCCGCUACUCUGUCUGGAGCGCCAUUGGUCUCAGCGUCGCCCUUUACAUUGGCUUCGACAACUUCCACAAGUUCCUUAGCGGUGCCCAUGCCAUGGACAAGCACUUCCGCGAGACUCCCCUCAAGGAGAACAUCCCCGUCCUGGGUGGUCUUUUGAGCGUGUGGUACUCGGACUUUUUCCACGCCCAGACUCACCUGGUCGCUCCCUUCGACCAAUAUCUGCACCGCUUCCCUGCCUACCUCCAGCAGCUGUCCAUGGAGUCCAACGGAAAGUCCAUCACUUCUGACGGUUCCUCCGCCAAGUACUCGACUGGACCUAUCCUCUUUGGAGAGCCAUGCACGAACGCUCAGCACUCUUUCUUCCAGCUCGUGCACCAGGGUACCAAGCUGAUCCCCACGGACUUCAUCUUGGCCGCCAAGUCCCACAACCCCAUCUCUGACAACCUCCACCAGAAGAUGCUGGCGUCCAACUACUUUGCCCAGGCUGAGGCCCUCAUGGUCGGCAAGACUGACGAGGAGGUCAAGGCUGAGGGCACUCCCGACGAUCUGGUACCCCACAAGCGCUUCCUGGGCAACCGCCCUACCACAUCCAUUCUCGUGAGCGAUGUCAUUGGUCCCGCCGAGCUCGGUGCUCUGAUUGUCUACUACGAGCACCUCACCUUUGUGGAGGGCGCUGUUUGGGACAUCAACAGCUUCGACCAGUGGGGUGUCGAGCUGGGCAAGGUUCUGGCCAAGAAGAUUCUGAAGGAGUUGGACGAGGAGGGUAACGGCGAGGGACACGAUGCCUCCACUGGUGGACUCAUUGGUGCUUUCAAGAAGUACUCCAAGAUUUGA